GACACUGACGACUGCUCGUGCUCACCGGGAAAUGGGAGCCCGGUGGUGGCGCCGCUGCUCCUAUAUAAGGGCGCCCGCAUCCCCGGCAAAAGCGCCGAGCACCCAGAUUUGCAUUGCACCGGCACGCUCUGCCGCCCCGGUGCGUGGCAGUAACGUGGCGCGCCUGGGAGUAGGCCGAAUGAUGGCUGCCGCCGCUCCCCCGGAGAUGGGCUAUCCCCGCCGUGCCAACGGCGGCGGCGGCGGCGAGAACCUCCUAGUGCCGGCGCGGGUGGGCCGCGAGCGCGGCGGCGUGGCGCGGCAGCUCCUCGACUCCGGGCGCGCCUUCAUGGUGCUCGGCGCGCUCGUCCUCACGCGGCGCCGCCUCGCUCGCUGCAACGCCGAGCACGUGCUCGCCGGCUUCGCCCUCUGGCUGCUCGGCGCGGGGCUCGCGAUGCUGUCGCUCGUCGCCGCGCAGUUCCCCGGGCUGGCGGCCGCCGGCGCCGCUCUCGCGACGGCGCUCCGCAGCCACUUGCUCGGCGGCCUCUGAGCCACAGAGAGCUAGGCCAACGAACGAAGCAGAGGCAGAGCACACGUGUACCAUACGUGUGCCACGUCUGAACGUCUCCCGUUAGUCAUUAGACAUGACAUGUUUACUCCAUCUAAUCAAGUGGCCUAUUUGAUGCCACUCCAUUGUUAGCGACAUUCCAGUUUCCGUCUAAAUUUAAAGAACAAUUUGCAACAAACAA